AUGUGGGAUCUCACCAGUGUGGCCCCAGGCACGUGCAUCAACACCACCGCAUUCUUUUACUUUACGUCCGGCUUCAACAUCUUGACCGAUAUCCUCAUUUUUGGCCUCCCCAUCAAGACCUUGAUUGGCAUCAACCGCCCCCGCAAGGAAGUGUACGCUCUUGUUGGCGUGUUUUGCAUUGGCGCCUUCGCCACUGUCAUUGCCAUCAUCCGAUUGCACACCAUCAUUGUCUACACCACCGCCGUCGAUCCUUUCCGAGAGUCCAUUCUCGUCAACCUCUGGUCCGUUCUCGAGGUCAACAUUGGCAUCAUCUGCGCCUCCGCGCCCGCUCUGAAGCCCCUGUUCCACCCCCAGGCACUUCGAGAGGCGAGAUAUGGUAGCAGCGGCGGCCCGCCAAAGCGGACGGGAUACCACUACCAUUCACGGGACAAGAGCGGCACAGAGAUCAAGAGCAAUAUCAGGGUUGAGCAGGAGUUCAGUGCCCGGAGUAUCAACUUGGGACCCAUCCCCAGCAACACCGCCCAGGUAGUCGGGGGGAGGGAACAAAACUCGGAUCAAGACAGUGUGGAUAAAAUCUUGCAGGAUCGGUAUUAA